CAGAGCAGUCCGUGUUUCUCCACACACAGUAAAAUGGCAGAAGCAAGUGUCUCCUGGGCUUCGGACCAGUUCAGAUGUCCAGUGUGUCUGGAUCUCCUGCAGGAUCCAGUGACGAUUCCCUGUGGACACAGUUACUGUAUGAGCUGCAUCACAAACUGCUGGAAUGAGGAGGAGCAGAAGCGAAUCUACAGCUGUCCUUUAUGCAAACAGAGCUUCACCUCGAGACCUGCUUUAGCUAAGAAUGUGGUGCUUGCUGAAAUGGUGGAGAAACUGCAGAAGACCAGACUCCAGACGGCUGCUCCUGCUUCUGUUCACACUGGAUCUGGAGAUGUGGAGUGCGACGCCUGCACUGGAAAUAAGCAGAAAGCCGUGAAGUCCUGUCAGGAGUGUAGAAACUCUUAUUGUCCAGAUCACCUCCAACAGCAUGAGAAUCUCUUCAGAGGUCGAGGACACAAUCUGAUGGAGGCCACUGGACGACUGCAGGAGAUGAUCUGCCCUCAGCAUAAUAAAGUGAUGGAGAUUUACUGCCGCACCGACCAGCGCUGCAUCUGUAUGCUGUGUUUGGUGGAUGGGCACAAAAAUCAUGAUGCUGUGACAAUCACAGUGGCAAGAGCAGAGAAACAGGGACAUUUGGAGGAGAACCAGAUAUACUUACAAUUAAUAAUCCAGAAGCGAGAGGAAGAUCUUCUUGAUCUGAGAGAGGCUGUUGAGAUUCAUAAGUGCUCAGCACAGUCAGCAGUGGAGGACAGUGAGAGGAUCUUCACUGAACUCAUCCAGGAUAUUGAGAAACGUCGCUCUGAGGUGAAUCAGCUGAUCAGAGAUCAGGAAAGAGCUGCUGUGAGUCGAGCUGAAGAACAACUGGAGCGACUGAAGCUGGAGAUCAAUGAUCUGAAGAGGAGAAACACUGAGCUGGAGCAGCUUUCAGAAACACAGGAUCAUCUUCACUUCCUCCAGAGUUGUCCGUCUGUUUCUCUCUUUGGAUCUUCACAUUCAGGCUUCACUGUCAGUUCUCAUCUGUUUUUUGGUGAUGUGGUGAAAUCAGUCUCUCAGUUCAGAGAUAAACUUCAGCAGUUCUCCUCAGAUGAGAUGGAAGAGAUGUCUAAAGCAGUGAAAACAGUUCAGGUCAUUCAGACUCCUGAAGAUCAGACCAGUCAGGAGUUUCAACAAUAUUCUCAUCCAGUGUUAGAGGGGUCUUCUCAGGUCCCAAGGAGCCCAUUUCCUCUUUUUGGCUUUGGAUCCGCCAGCACUGGAGACUCAUUUGGCUUUGGAUCCCCUCACCUUCUCUAAUUUUGGCAUCCAAAAGAAAGAGAGUCCAAAGCCUAAAUAAAUAUUAGUAUUAGUUUUACGUUAAAAUGUACGUAAAAUGUGCGUAUUUACACAUGAAUUUGUAUUAAUAUAAAAAGCUUUUGAAAUUAUUGUUUUUUAGCUGUUUGUUAAUCUACUUUUUAAAAACCAGUUGCCUGUUAUUAAUUGGUAUAUUAAUAUGAAAGUUGUCUUGAUAAGCGUUCACUGCAUCAGAAGUGUUUUCUUUAGUUGUUUAUUUUAAAAGGUGCAGUCAGUGACCUGAUUUAUUAUUAUGCCAGCUGUGAUGUAACUAGUUAAUUCUUUCAGUGUGCCUGCCUCAUCAAGCAGCUAUCGAUGGUGCCUUUCAGGUUUCUGUUUGAACAAUGAAGUAUGUUCAGAUGUAGAGGCUUACAGGUGACCUUACACAAAAUACCAAAUGCAGAAGAGGCAACAGCAAACGAUUAGCUUUAAAUAUGAAGAGAAUCUUCUCGUGGGUAAAAACCUGCGUGUGUGUGUGUGUGUGUGUGCAAAUAAUUUUACAUCUGACUGCUUUUAAAACCUUGGGCAACACAACGCUGGACCACUUUGAUGAUGGACUUUGGCUGAGGGAUUUUAUGACCAGUGCAUACUAGAAUAUCCAUUAUUGCCAUCUCACUGCUACCAUUUUUAUCAUCACAUGAUCUGUUAAAACAAAACCAUGUUACUUUUCUGAUGUGCAAGCUGGAAUUUAUUACAUUCAUUACGUUACAUUUGUACUUAUUGGAUUAAAAUGUUUGUUCUACUGAGUUGUUCACCAUGUUUAUAAGCAUGUUUGUCUACAUUCUCCAUUAAUAAUUGAGGUCAAUGUCAAGCAGUGAUGAAGGAUAACACAAGUAUUACUGCUCUGAUUUGAGGUGUUAAUUUGAUCCACACUUGUACGUCACUUUGAAUAAAAGCGUCUGUGAAGUGAAUCAAUGUAAAUAAUAAUCAUUUAUCAGGCUUCAUAUCUUAAUUCACUUUCAAUUUGUCUUUCGUUGUGUUAUGUUGGUAAAUAAAUGACUGUGAUGUA